AUGUCACAAACUAAAAACCAACAAGAUUCUUCAACUCAUUCAAAUUCAGAAUCCUUCACAAGUUUUGACAAAAUCGAUGCAUUAAUCGAUGUUCCCUCCUCUUCUCGCAAAACAAAAGUUGUUAGGCUUGGCGCUAAGGUUUUGGAAACAAAGAAGGAAGUUCGAAAAGUUUUGCCAGAAGCACAAUAUCUUGGAAAUUUGGAAAAGAUUAUUGUGAGAGAUUAUUUUCCUGAAUUGCCGAAAUUGAAGGCCCAAGCAGAAUUUAUCGAUGCAGUUGCCCGCAAUGACCAUUUAAAAAUUAGAGAAUUACAAAUUCGUUAUAGUACUCGCAGAACUGACAGAAGAACUUCCCCCUCUCAAAGGCCAAACACUUCUGCUUCACUUUUUGACCCAGCAACACCUUUAGAGAAAAUAAAACAAGAAGGGGAAGAAGGUGAUAAAAUACAAGAGACAGGAAAUGCUCCUUAUGCUAAUGAAGAGGGGGACAAUGAUGCUUUUUUGAAUGGCAGCAAUAAAAAGAAAAAGGAUUCUCUCCCCAAAAAAGCAUUGGAUAACUUUACAGUCCAAACAUAUUUAGAAAAAUAUACAAGUGAAGAUAAUGCUAGUUUUGAAGAACUUUUUGAAUUGGGGAAAAAACGAGAAAGAGUUCAAAAUGCUUGGAUGUAUGAAGCAGAAGCGAAACAUAAUGAAUCUUUAGUUUCUAGAGAUCAGCCAAUGUUGGAGGCUGCUGAUGAACAAUUAGUUGCUAAAAGUAAUACGUCAGAUGAUCAAAGACCAAUAAAUGUUGACAAUUGGAGCUAUAAAGCACGUAAUGUAGUUCUUUUCAAUCAUCUAGACGAAGCACCUUUAACAAUGCAAGAACAUAUUGAUAGAGCUAAAACUUCAGAAAUACAUAUAAACAAGAAGGGAACUCGUUUUAAAAAUGAACAGCAAAAAGCACCUGAUCAGGUUGCGAUGGCUCGUGCCGCUUUCCAAAAUGUUUCUAAAAUAGCUGGGCAUGUUGAUGUUACUGGAAAACAAGUUGGGAUUGAAAGUAAAACUAUUGGGUUAGUUGCUACACCUACUCCAAUACCUGACGAAUCUCCAUUAAUGACAUGGGGAGAAAUUGAAGGAACACCAUUUCGUCUAGAUGCUCCAGAAAUCCAACCACACAUAGAAAAUGCCCCAACAUUUAAAAUACCCGAAAUGCCUGUUAGAGAAAAAGUUGCUGCACAAAUUGCGGAAAAAAUUGCUUCGAGUUAUAAUAAUAAAAGAAAAUUGGCAAUGAAUAAAAUACAGGAAAUUGCUCCAAAAACACCAAAAUUCAACGCUUCUUGUCGUUCUGGAACCUCCAGAGUUGGUACAAUGUCUCCAGCUGCACGUACUUUGCUUAAUGAAAGAUUGGGUAUUCGAUUGGGAACUGACAAAUUAAUUAAAUUUUCGCCUAGUCCGAGAGGAACACCAACUAGCCGUACAAUGUUUAGCCCAUCAAUAUAUAAAUUGGUCAAACCAAAAAGUGAAGCAAAUUCAGGUGCUUCUACCCCCACAAGAUUACCUGAAAGUAAUAAAUCAACAACAACAAUUAAUGUUACUGAUAAUCUUUUAAAUAUUCCUCCAGCAGCUUUUGGAAAUGAUAAUGGUGGAAGUGCUACAAGUAGUGCUGGAGGGAGACCUAAAGCAGCAGAUUUUUUCUAAUAAAUAUAUAUUUAAAAAUAAUUUUUUUUAUUUUUUAAAUAUUAAAAAUUGUCAAUUUAAUUGAAAAAUAUUUAAAAUAAAAUUUUAAAUUUUUUAUUAAUAUUUCUAGGAAUUUAAUUUUUGGAAUUUUAAGGGGUUUGAAAUUUUCCUUUUACUUCAAGUUUGUUUCCUUAUUUCAAGUUUAUUUUCCUUAUCUUGCUUCAAGUUUGAAUUUUAAGUUUUCAAGUUUAUUCUUUUUUAAAACUGUUCUCAAGUUUAUUUUUCCCUAUCUGCUUGCUUCAAGU